ACUAACAUGGCGUCAACCAGGGGUUCGUCCAAGAAACCCACAGAGAAAACACAAGAGAAAAAGCAAAUCCCACCGCCUACAAAUGUUGCACAUUUUAUGGUGGUGUUGGUUAUGUCGAUCUGCAGAAAAAUACUUCUCAUUGAUACAUCUGUUAAGAUUGGACUGUAUUUUGCUGGCGUCAUCAUCGGAUCAGUUUUGGCUGACAUGGUCCAGCUUCCGAGAACCUACUUAUCCAGUAAAGAUAACAUAUUUAAUCAAUAUUUUGUAAAACUAGGUUGGGGAUGGACCCUUUUGAUAUUGACUGCCUUCAUUACACAGACAAGUUAUGUCUAUAAUUUGGGUAGAACGGGUAUGGUUAAAGUCCAUUUACUGAGGCUCUGCAUGGGAACUUUCUGGUGGUAUACAAUGGUUUCCAUGAUAAAUUAUAUUGAAUCUGUGGUUGGAAUUUGUUCAGGGAAAGGAAUUGUUGGAAGAGACGCAUGUAUCAAAAAUGGAAAAUCCUGGCUUGGAUUUGAUAUAUCUGGUCACGUUUUUCUGCUAAUACACAACCUACUUACCAUAUCUGAAGAAGUAAAGAUAUUUAAAGAUUGGAAAAAACUUGGAGAAAUGUUCGAUGACCCUGAUCUGCCUAAAAACAAAAACAUAAACAUGAAAGACUUUCUUGAAGGAAGGAAGAGUUACCGAAUUCUUACCCCUUAUGUCAACGUAACUUUCGUAAUUAUAGCACUUUUUACUAUACUUUGGGAAUUUAUGCUAAUUAUAUCUACUGUCUAUAGAUUCCACACUACUUCCCAAAAAGUUGUUGCUGUGUUUAUGGCUGUAGCCUGCUGGUUUGGAAGUUAUAAACUUAUUCUAGGGUACUCAAAAACAGGAUCACUGAAGCUGCUUCUCAAGCCUGGAGAGAGCCAAAUGAAAUUUACAAAAGUUGGAUGAACACAUUAAUUUAUGAGAUUCCUUUUAUUGCUGUUUAAACCAAUUCAUGAAGGACUGUGGCUUUACCUAUUUACUAUCCAUAAUAGUUCAAUUUUUAUUUUUAUGAAUUCAUUUGUUUAAUUAAUUAUUUUGUGUCAUUUAACACUCACAGCAAUGUUUUAAUUGAUAAUAUGUCGUCAAUAUAUCUACAUGUAAAAGUUGAGUUGUAUGCAACAGCAAUUUUUACUAUAUACAAAAGUAUUAUUAUUUUCACUACACUCUA